GUGUCUGUUUUGAUCAAAUUUUCAUUUAUUAUUAUUAUGACCAAUUUCAUAUCACAUGUUCCCUUGUUGUUCGUUGUCCCAGUGAAUCAAAUACCACUUCUGCCACCCUCUAUCGGGUCUCCUCGGCCGUCUCGUCGGUUUCGGCACUUCGCAAUACAAGCACAACCAGAUCCGCCACACCCAAUCGCCGUCGCAAGACAAUGGAUGUACAUAAUACUUGCUCGCUAUCUCAUAACGCACAGAUUGAAUUUCGACGUCCGAAGCCCGGUCGUGCCGGACUGAAUCCCCGGCACUUAGAACCUAUCCGCGGUGAACUUCAGUCCGGCUUCUCUGGGCGGGAUGAGCAAGCCAAUAGUGCUUCUGGUCUGAACAUGGGCCCGGAGGGUGUUAUUCCCCGUCCAUCUGUUCCCGCCCGAACUUAUUAUCCGCCAGUUUCAUUUGACCAUACACUGACCAAAAGUCCUUCGUAA